AUGCCAGGUCCUCUUUCAACUGUUGGUGAAGGAUUAUUAGGAACUCAUGUUUUGUGGGAAGAUAUUGAGGUAGAAGUUCAAAAAGCAUUAGGAACUACGGCGACGUUCGGAAGUAAUCGGAAAGUAACGAACAUUGGUGAAGGCAUAGGAUUCCUUUCCCGAAUUUGUUUGAUCAAUCCUGAUUGGCAAAACGCUUCGCCUAAUCUUCCGAAAAAGUUCAUUGUCAAGAUUAUUAGUCAGUUGUCGAUGAUAGAAAUGGAUGGCGUUAGCUCAGUCACAGAUUACGUAGAAAUGAAAAGCCCAGAGCUGUUAAAAAUUGAAAUUGAUACGUAUAGUUUGUUCAAUAAGUAUGGAGAUGAAAGUUUUGCUAUAGGAAAGAUUCUCGGCUACAGAACUUUGGACGAAACGAACAACUCCAAAGGUUUCUUCAUAAUGGAAUAUAUUGAAAAUGUGGAACCUAUUACUCUUUAUAGGAACAUAUCUAUCGAUAACUGUCAUGAAGUUUUGAGAAUUAUUGCGAAGUGGCAAGCAGUCAGCUUGAAACACCGUGAAGAGUUCCAGAAAUACUACCAAAAUUACUUUUUAACGAAUCUUUUUGGGAGAGAUGUCGUGCAGACGACGUGUAAUCAGACAAUUGAGGGUCUGAAGGAUGUUGACCAUCCACAAGUUCAAAACAAGUUGGAGAAGUUACAAACCAUCGUUAAUGAUCUAUGUACUGAUGAAAACUUGAAAAUGUUUGAUGAACUAUGUCAAGAGCUUAAUAUGAAAGAAGUUUUUGCUCAUUUUGAUCUCUGGAGCCCAAACGUGUUAUGGGGUAGUAAGGAUAACGGGGAGUUGUUCUUGAAAGCUAUUGUAGAUUAUCAGCUGGUUUGCUUUACGAAUCCAAUGAUAGAUUUCCUGAUGUUUUUAGUUUGUAACAUCAAUGCUGAUGUGAGACGUUCUCACACAAAGCAGUUGAUUCAAGAUUUUCAUGGCUAUUUGACUGCUGAAAUGGGUGGAGAGAAUCCUUUCACGAUUGAACAAUUGGAAAAGUGUUACAAACGAGUGUUUCCACUUGGAGUUCUUCUCAUUUAUGCUAUGGUCGGACCGAUAUAUCUCUCUGAAGUUCAGAAAAAUCCAAAAAAAUCGGAUGAGAUCACUGAAAUAUUUGAGAAAAAAAUCAUCGCCACUCUCGACGAGGUGAUUACUGUUUAUGACGAGAACAAGAAAUUGUAA